AAAUCAUUUUACUUGCCAUUUCUCUAUGUCCCUUUUUCUCUGUCCUCCUGCACUUUCGAUUUUAGGGUACACAGCCAGAGCUCGCUCAUUUGACUCUUCACCAAAGAUCUCUCUCUUUCUCUCUGUCUAUCGAUAAUCGAAUCUCGCUGAUCUGACUCUCAGGCUAUAAAUUCAAUACUCACUUGGAAGCUUUCUAAAUCGGCAAUUUCGGACCGCAAAGAGACAGAGGGGUUUGUUCCCAGCAAGGAAUGAGUUUUUGCAUGACGUAUUGACGCUUCGUACAAUGUCGGGCUUACUUAAUUCCUCUAUCAAUGGAUCAGCUUCAAAUCUACCAGACAGCACUGGAAGAUCUUUUGCCACUUCUUUCUCUGGUCAGUCUGGUGCAGCCUCCCCAGUUUUCCAUCACACUGGAACCAUUCAGGGGCUUCAUAAUAUUCAUGGUAACUUUAGCGUUCCUAACAUACCAGGCACCCUUACAUCAAGAAACUCUAGUAUAAAUAAUGUUGCCUCUGGUGGGGUUCAACAACCAACUGGAAGCCUUUCUAGUGGAAGAUUUGCCUCGAAUAAUCUACCUGUUGCUCUUUCUCAGCUAUCUCAUGGCAGCUCCCAUGGACAUUCUGGAGUCACAAAUAGAGGAGGUAUGAGUGUUGUAGGAAACCCUGGAUUUGGAAGUAACACAAAUGGAGUUGGCGGUUCUAUUCCUGGGAUUCUCCCAACCUCUGCUGCAAUUGGUAACAGGAAUGCUGUUCCAGGAUUGGGAGUAUCCCCAAUUUUGGGAAAUGCUGGUCCCCGGAUAACAAGUUCUAUGGGAAACAUGGUAAGUGGGGCCAACAUAGGAAGGAGCAUAACCUCUGGUGGAGGGUUAUCUGUGCCUGGGCUUGCUUCUCGUCUAAAUUUAACCGCAAAUAGUGGAUCCGGAAGUUUAGGCGUGCAAGGGCAAAAUCGAUUGAUGAGUGGAGUGCUUCCCCAAGGAUCUCCUCAAGUAAUUUCUAUGUUAGGAAAUUCUUAUCCUACAGCUGGUGGUCCACUUUCUCAAAGCCAUGUUCAGGCAGUGAACAAUCUAAGCUCAAUGGGAAUGCUGAAUGAUGUAAAUUCUAGUGACAAUUCCCCAUUUGAUAUAAAUAAUGACUUCCCUCAGUUGACGAGUCGCCCUAGUUCCGCUGGCGGGCCUCAAGGACAAUUAGGUUCAUUACGAAAACAAGGCCUGGGAGUUAGUCCUAUUGUUCAACAAAACCAAGAGUUCAGCAUGCAAAGUGAAGAUUUUCCUGCUCUACCAGGAUUUAAAGGUGGUAAUGCGGAUUAUGGGAUGGAUUUGCAUCAAAAAGAACCACUUCAUGACAAUGCUAUGUCGAUGAUGCAGUCACAACAUUUCUCUAUGGGAAGGUCUGCUGGGUUGAAUUUUGGAGGAACCUAUUCAUCUCAUCGUCCACAGCAGCAGCAGCAACAUGCUCCAUCAGUCAGUAGUAGUGGUGUCUCUUUUUCACCUGUAAACAAUCAAGAUCUUCUUCAUUUACAUGGCUCAGAUAUCUUUCCAUCUUCACAUUCAACGUACCACUCACAGACCAGCGGACCACCUGGCAUUGGACUGAGACCCCUAAAUUCUCCAAAUACAGUUUCUGGUAUUGGUUAUGACCAACUUAUCCAGCAGUAUCAGCAACACCAGAACCAAUCUCAGUUUCGCUUGCAGCAAAUGUCAGCUGUUAAUCAGUCAUUUAGGGACCCAGGCAUGAAAUCCAUGCAGGCAGCGCAGUCUAAUCCGGAUCCAUUUGGCUUACUUGGCUUAUUAAGCGUCAUAAAAAUGAGUGAUCCUGAUCUGACCUCACUUGCUCUUGGAAUCGAUCUGACAACUCUAGGAUUAAAUUUAAAUUCAACAGACAACCUUCACAAGACUUUUGGUUCCCCAUGGUCAGAUGAACCAGCCAAAGGUGAUCCAGAAUUCAGCGUGCCACAGUGCUAUUAUGCUAAACAGCCACCUGCUUUACAUCAAGGAUACUUUGCCAAGUUCACGGUGGACACACUGUUUUAUAUAUUUUACAGCAUGCCGAAAGAUGAAGCACAAUUAUAUGCUGCAAAUGAACUCUAUAAUAGAGGCUGGUUUUAUCACAAGGAGCACAGGCUAUGGUUCAUUAGGAUUGGGGAACCACUAGUUAAGACGAACACUUAUGAGAGAGGAUCAUAUCACUGUUUUGAUCCAAAUACAUUUGAAAUUAUCCGCAAGGAAAACUUUGUUCUCCAUUAUGAGAUGUUGGAAAAGAGACCAGCGCUACCUCAACAUUAACUAGUUUUUCUAAUUACAGUGUAAAGUUGCAGUCAUGUAAAACAUUCAUUAGAAGAACAGAAGCUAGUUUCCCGGCAUUUUAUUUUCUUUGAAUCCUUAGCAAUUUUUAGCGGUUUUAUUGUUGAUCCUUGCAUUUGCAUCUAUUAGCCAUUUAUUGAUGAUAUAUCGUUUUACAGGGUUC